UGAUAUCACUCGUUUGUUUACAGUUCGUAGGCUGUAGUCAAUCUCUCCACAAACAUUUAACUUCUAUGGCGUACUAUAAACCCAAUUAACAUCAACAUCGCCUUUCGAUCUGCACAAAAACUGUCGACUCUUUGCCCUCAUCGAUAACUAUACCCAGCCACUUCAGUACCUUAGGUUGGCUUAAAGUCCAUUAAUCUUCCAUCUGGGACAUUCAUAUUGUACAUAAUGAACGCACAUCAAUCAUCAACCACCUCAUGCCAUUCACGUUCGGAUAGCAAUCUUCGCAAAAGGGUAAGCAAGGCAUGUGAUCGAUGUAGAUUAAAGAAGUCAAAGUGCGACGGUACUACACCUUGUGGACGGUGUAGGGCAGAUAAUUCUAUCUGUUUCUUUGGCGAGAGGAAGAGAACUCCCAAUUAUGGAAGAUUGUACCCCAAGGGAUAUGUUGAGAUGCUAGAGCAGCAACAGACCUGGCUUGUGUAUGGCCUUCAGAAAUUAUAUCAACUUUCUAGGAAGAGGGAACGCCCGCAAAAUAGUCCAGUGAAAUGCGGACAAGAUGGUCACCCACUUACACAUGAUCUACUCACACAGCUCGGCGUUCUGGACCAUAUGAAAGAGAGUUAUUUUGAAGAAAAUAUCGAGGCUCUGCAGCAGAAAUUGUGGGAUCAGAGCGCUGGGAGCUUUCAAAACCUGGAUCUAUCAAACAGAAGUUCAAAGAGCACACAAACACCGCCCACAGACUCAUGUUCUGGAGAUGCCUGCGUACCAUUUGAACUUCCUCCUAUGCCUCCAAGCUUCAUAUCACAGGCGUCAACAAUCAAGCUUCAACCUCAAACACUUCCUCAGAAUCCGCUAUACAUUGAACCAGUGUGGUUACAGGGAGCGGGAAGCCCUACCACUUCACACGGCCUGUCGCAAUUAUCCAACAGUGACUUCGAUGCCUUUGAUGAAAUAUACAGGAUGGAACCAUCCCAAAUAAUUAAUCACAAAUUCGAUAACCCAAUGUUAUCGCCGGUAUUUCACUGUCAGAUACCCGCAAGCUGCGUGACAAUGCCCUCUUUCAUGGAUGCAAAAAGUGAACAUGAUGAUUUCUAUCAAUAUCUGGAUCUAAACUCAACAACCUCGCCCAUCUAACUGAUACUCUUUGACCUUGCAGUGCAAAGCGAUUAAACAUGGUACCAAGACAGGAACUACGGCUGACUAUAAUGACCAGCUCAGAACUUGUCAAAAGUUGUCACUUCCCCGGUAGGCAAUACUCAUCUCAUGAACCUUAUGGGUGAGGCGCUGGUUCAACUUUAUCUUAUACUGGCUCUCAGGCAGCUCUGCCUCCCCGGCUAGGUAUAGGAACUUCGCCAGGCAAUUUAUGGAAAUUAUCUCCUACUUUCAUUAUCAAGUUACGCAGCUCUACUUGCGCUUUGAUUUGACAGCGGGGGUCACGUAAAGCUCAGGUCACGGUGUCAUAUAUCUUAUCAGUGGACUGGUAAGGGUUUGUGGUGUCUUCUUGUAGACGGGCACGAUCUGUUGCUCUGGCGUCAGUAGCUUGGC